AUGGAGAGGAAGCUUUUCUUAUGCCAAUACUUGAUAUGGGUGAUAUUACUGUUGGGGCAGCUACAUGGAUACAAAAGCUGUAUUGAGAAAGAAAGAAAGGCUUUGUUGGAGCUCAAGGAAUACCUGCUCCGAAGAACUAAAGAAUGGGAGCACGACUCUGUUCUUAUGUGGACCAAUGACACAAAGAGUGAUUGCUGCCAGUGGAAGGGGGUUGAGUGCAAUCGUAAUAGUGGGCGGAUUACCGAGAUUUCCUUUGGUAUACGAUACCAUAUAGAGAGUUCUCUCCUAAAUCUUUCUUUGUUGCAUCCCUUUGAAGAACUUCAAAGUCUGAACUUAUCCUCUUCUUGGUUCGGAUACAGAGGAUUCACUGGCUUAUUUGAUGAUGUUGAAGGUUAUAAAAGCCUAAGGCGAUUAAGAAAUCUGGAGACUCUGGAUCUCUCUUUUAAUGAAUUCAACAACAACAUAUUUCCCUUUCUUAAUGCUGCUACAUCACUUAAUACUCUUUUUCUUCGAAAUAACGAGAUGGAUGGCCUUUUUCCUGUUAAAGAACUCAAAGAUUUAACAAACUUGGAACUGCUGGACCUGAGUGGAAACACAUUCAAUGGCUCCAUACCAGUACGAGAGCUGUCUGCCCUGACCAAGCUGAAAGCUCUGGAUCUAAACAAUAUUGAAUUUUCUGGUUCCAUGAAAUUGCAAGGCAAGUUUGCUAAAAAAAAUUUACUUUUUGGUAAAAAAAUUGUCCUUGAAUUGAGAUUUAAUUAUGUACUAAAGCUUUUGCAUUUAUUUAACGUAGGAGUUUGCAAAUUGAAGGAUAUAGAAGAGCUUGAUCUUAGUGGUAACAAUCUUGUAGGUCAGUUUCCUUUAUGCAUAACUAGCCUGACUGGACUUCGAGUGCUUGAUCUCUCAUCGAACAAUUUGACUGGGAAGUUACCAUAUACACUCGGUAACAUUAAAUCCCUAGAGUACUUAUCGUUGUUUGAUAACAACUUCGAAGGCGUCUUCUCACUUGGUUCACUAACCAACCUCUCGAAGCUAAAGGUCUUAAAACUUAGCUCAACGUCCAACUCGCUUAAAAGAGAAUCGGACAAAUCUUGGAAGCCAAAAUUUCAGUUGAGUGUUAUUUCGGAAAGUUCUUGGAAGCCAAAAUUUCAGUUGAGUGUUAUUUCACUAGAAACUUGCAAUUUGGAAAAGGUUCCUCAUUUUCUGCUAAACCAGAAGGAUUUGCGCCAUGUUGAUCUCUCUGACAAUAACAUUGCGGGAAAGUUUCCUUAUUGGCUGUUAGAGAACAAUACAAAACUCGAGGUUUUGCUUUUGCGAAAUAAUUCUUUUAGGAGCUUUCAGAUACCGGAGUCCGAUCAUAAUCUGCUUUGCCUGGAUGUAUCAGUCAAUGAAUUUGAUAUUCUACUCCCUCAGAACAUUGGGUGGAUACUUCCUCAUUUAAAAUAUAUGAAUCUUGCGAAUAAUGGUUUUCAAGGACACCUGCCAUCUUCUUUGGGUAACAUGAAAGAGCUUGUAUUUCUGGAUAUAUCUCACAACAAUUUCUACGGGAAGCUACCAAGAAGUUUCUUAGAAGGCUGUUAUUCAUUGCAUAUGUUGAAGAUGUCACAUAACAAGCUAAGUGGAGAGAACAUCCUAGAAUCCGCCAACUUUACUAACAUAUCAUUGUUGUCUAUGGAUAACAAUCAGCUAACAGGAAAAAUUGGACAAGGUUGGCGGAGCUCGAUAUCAUUGCAAUUGCUUGACAUCUCGAACAACAAAUUCUCAAGUGUUAUUCCAAGCUGGAUUGGAGAACUUCCAAGAUUACACACUCUAUUACUUUCAAACAACUCACUGGAAGGUGAAAUACCUCUUUCGUUGUUCAAUAUAUCCGUUCUUCUAGACCUCUCUGCAAACAUGUUAUCAGGUGGCAUACCUUCACUUAUAAGUUCAAGAUAUCCGAGAAUAUUACUCCUACAAGGAAAUAAUCUAUCAGAGGCUAUUCCAGACACGUUGUUAGGGAAUGUCAAAGUACUCGAUCUAAGAUAUAAUAGGUUUUCUGGGAAUAUUCCCGAGUUCAUCAACACCCAAAUCAUCAAUAUUCUUCUUCUUCGGGGUAAUCAUUUAUCAGGUCAAAUUCCCUACCAGUUGUGUGGCCUAAGCUCAAUCCAACUUCUGGAUCUUUCUAACAACAAAUUGAAUGGAUCCAUCCCUUUAUGCCUCAGCUAUACAUCAUCUGGUUUUGGAAUAGAGGAUACAUUCGAAGAUUAUUUUUAUGAUUAUGAUUCUGAAGCGUUUUCUGCAGCAACGUUCCUAAUAGAUUUCAAAUCUAUGAUCGUAAAAGAUCAGUUUAUGAAGGAAUACGAGACCGACAUCCAGACGAAAAUUGAAUUUGCAACAAAACACCGAUACGAUGCCUACAUGGGUAGAAAUCUCAAAUUAUUAUUUGGACUCGAUCUCUCAGAAAACGAGCUGAGUGGUGAGAUCCCACUAGAGCUUGGAGGUCUUCUGAAAGUACAAGCUCUAAAUCUUUCUCACAACAAAUUAUCAGGUGUGAUACCGGAAAGCUUUUCAGCACUGAAGAAUGUGGAAAGCCUUGAUCUUUCUUUCAACAGCUUACAAGGUCGGAUCCCACCACAACUUACAGAUCUGAGCAGCCUUGCUGUUUUCAAUGUCUCAUACAACAACUUAUCAGGAGUCAUUCCAGAGGGAAGACAGUUUAACACCUUCGAUACGCAGAGCUACUUAGGUAAUCCUCUUCUUUGUGGACGUGCAAUCGACAUAAGUUGCAAUGGUAAUACUUUUCACGAACCAGAAAACGGAAUAGAUGCUCAUGACUCCACAAUCGACAUUGAAUCUUUCUACUAGAGUUUUGCUGCGGCUUAUGUGACAAUACUUCUUGGGUUACUCGCAUCUCUCUCUUUUGAUUCUCCUUGGAGCAGAGCUUGGUUCUACAUCGUUGAUGUUUUCAUCCACAAGGUGAGAAAUUUGUUGUGGUAGAACAUUGCAUGCACCAAAUGUUUCUUAUGUGCUAGUUUCAUUGUCGUCCCCAUAUGUUGUUCUUCUUCUUAUAUAAUAUGAGAAGUUUUUUUCUAAC